CCCAAUCAUGACGCAAUCAGCACCACGAAGGCCAAGCGGAAGCAAAUCUCGGCAGCUAAUCUCGAAUGAUAUACUACUCGAGUACUGCAGGUCAGGUGAUCGAUGAUGAUUGAUUGAUAGUUCUACUCGCCACUCGAUGCUACAAAUAAUAAUAAAACAAUAGUAGUAGUGAAUGCAGCGAAGAGGUUCAGCAACGGUUAUGGUCUGAUCUCGAAGGCCUGCACAGGAAUUUGAAGGAAAGGCAGAAGGACGAGGAGAUCGAUUCGGAAAGACGAUCUCAUCAGAAAGAAACAUCUGUUCUCGAUGAAUCCAUCGGGAAGAUGGUUCCAAAAACAUGCGCGACCCUUAUGCGAGAGUUGAGCAGCUGCAAAGACGAUUUUGAACGGAGGGAAGUAUUCGGCGAUCAUGACCAAGUACUCGACGCGUUGUCUUGGCCUGAAAAAGGACUCUUAUCGAACUGGAUACUCCACCAGAAAUACGCUCAAUCCGUCGUCAUCGCAAUGAGCCCACGAGUAGGAGGUAUGUCUCAAUGCUUCGAGACCAAAGAAGAGCAUGUUACUUCAUGGACAAGGAUAGUCACCGUCGACCCGGAUCUCUUGGGUGAGAUUCAAGCCGAGUUGGAUCGCGGCGGCCUCCAAGAAGCUUUGGACACUCACAACAUCACUGAGCUCCAAUGCCGGGUACUCCCCACUUCAUGCGGACUCGUCAAUCGCGCAACUGUCAUGGCAGCGGGUGACAUUGUUCUCGUGCUUGUUGGCGCUCAGUAUACGCCGGAGAUCGAGCAAUUAGGCGUUCUCAUGCAGGAUCGCUUCCAGUGUUCUAUCAUUUUUGAGCUGUCGACCCAAGCGGAUAUUUGCGGUGUCAUCGCGACUGAUCACCUGGCUACACAAGGCGAUGAAACGGCCCAUUCCGGCUCCAAUUCAGGAUUUCGUAGCCGUCCCACCACAAUGGGAAACGAAGCUUCUGACGACUUGGAUCCUUCGAUUGCUCUUGCGGCACAACCCUUACGUCAAGACAACCGAAGGGAAAUCUCCUACAUGCAGUCCUUCUCGACCACAGCCUCCAGUCGGCCGAUUCAUAUCGAGCAGCGUGUCACGGUACAACUUGUGGACGGAAACGACGAAGACGUGACGAUGCAACAUCACUGGUCCGUACAACCUUCUCUUACAAGCCGGUCUCACAAAAUCACCCAAGCGCUACACGCAAUGGAAUGGGAGCAAGAUCUUUUCGUGGAUCGAUGGUCAGGCUUUGACUGGAUCGAUUCGAUGGGUCCAAACGCUUUGCAAAGAAGCGGUGUUGAAAGUGAUACACGCAGUCAUUCUACAAGCGUGAGCCUCGAUAGUACACCCGGCGCCCAUAUCAGCGCAGCGAGAAGUCAUGAAGGGUCGACAACCUAUAAUUGGCAAGAGCCUAACCACCGGAACCGCAGGGUGAAGGCUCAGCGACUUUUCACCACCUUUGGUCUACGCGUAAUCCGGUACGAACCUUGGUCGCCUCAACCUUGCGUUGAAGUCGAGCCCAAUUGGGCCACAUUCUCCUAUCCCUCUCGUCUGAGAUUGGCGGUGCCUACGGAAGCUCGUCGUCACAGACACGGGUCAUUGGUGCAGGGUGUCUAUCGCAUCGCUCUGGUCCCUAAGCUUACACACGAAUACAUAGUGAUACUCAAGCUCGAAAUCUCCGAUAUCUUCCAGCGAGCUGAGCCUCGGAACUACAUCAAGUUGAGAAGCCUCGGAGGUUCGGCCAACGCUGGAGAUUACCGCGAACGUGCUGUCGAAAUUGUCGAUCGCGGCGGUUCGAUGAACAUGUCGACCGUAGUGGACAUUUCCGCUGGCUCCCAGAAACAGGAAAAAACCUUCUUUGGGAGUCGCCAGGAGAAGACCUCCCCUGCGUAUUGGCUGUCGCUCAGCCCGACUGUAGGGCGUGGAGGGGUUGAGCUGCUGGAGCAGAUGUCCGAGCCUCGCAGUAAUUUAUGGGCGAGAAGCUUGCACGAUUUCACCGAGGGCGAGAUGGCAGGCAAUCGUCGAUGAUCCUGCUAACCGGUCGCUGGGGGAAGAGAAAUUGCUUCCGCUGACCAGAUCGAUCGCGUCUCAGCUGCGCAGCUUAGCGCGAUUUAGGUCACAAAGCCUCCUUUGAUGGGCGAAUCUCGUCAUCGUCAGGUCAUUCGCAUCGCUUUCUCACGCUAGUUAUCUUGCCCAACUUAUUUUGCAAUGAAUGACGACCAGAUCUUUUACCACAAACUGACUCCGCAAGAGCAGCAAAGAUUCCGUAAAGACAGGCAACGUCAGGCCAAUCGGUCCGCUUAGUGACCGAAGCUUCCCUCCUCCCCCAUGCAGAAGAACCUUGGUGGCCACAUGCGAAACUGCACUUUACAGAU